CAGGACAAGAAAAUAGGUUUCAUGUCACAUAUGUUGUCACAAUGUUUGAUUGUUUUCCUCAUAUAUGUGCUCAUUUCUAUUAAAAUAUUUUAGAAAGUGGAAAAAACACAUUUGACAGGCAGUGCAACUCUGAGCUUUAGAUCAGUCAUUGGGCCUCUAUCACGGUGGUGCAGUCACCUCAGUCUUUGUAAAAAGAUGUAAACCCUUAUGAUGCUAGUCAUAAUAGCAACAUAUUCAGAGCCUUUUGGGUGUGAUAUAUUCUAAUGGCUUUUGAUUAUGAAGACAAACAAGAGAGAGUGGGAGUGAAGGUGUAAGAGAGUGAGAGAAAAACGUAAGCGAGUUUGUGGGCGGAGGCCUUUAAAGCACGUGUGCUGCUGAUAAGAGGUGUUACCCACUGAUCAACAACACUUGCGGCGCAGCAGCCCAUUUGUCCCUGUAAAGUGUUUGCAGAUGGCUGCAUGUCCUUGAUCUGGUCUCCGCUGGGAAGGGAAAGACCACAGCUCUAUUCGCACAGCUGACUCCAGUCCGAACUGUUCUGUCAGGUGAACCAGGCGGUGUUAGUUUUUCUCUGCAGUGUUUUUCCGUCUACUGACUCUCAGUGCCACAGCCUUAGAUACAGUGGGGAAGACAAACAGAAACGCCCAAACCUUUGGCAAGAUGGAGUAAUCAAGACACGCUGGAAAGAAUGCAUGCACCAGGCCAAGUCUCUUCAUCCUGCGUUCCUGCUGCUAACUACGAACUGGCUCCCAGCAAUGACAUCCCACUGAAACAUGUAGAGACGACGGGCUCAACAAAAUCUUCCAAGAGCAUGGAGUCACGCCGGAGACCAUCCAGGAGCAUCAGCCUGAUUCAGUCUAUGGAGGAGAACUAUGAGGUGGACCUGGUCUACAUCACAGAGAGGAUCAUCUCUGUGUCUUUCCCCAGCAGUGUGGAGGAACAAAGUUACAGCUCUAACCUCAAAGAGGUGGCCAGCAUGCUCCGCUCCAAGCACGGAGACAACUACCUGCUCUUCAAUCUGAGUGAAAAACGAUUUGACAUCUCCAGGCUGAAUCCCAAAGUGCUCGACUUCGGGUGGCCAGACCAUCAUGCUCCAGCGUUGGAUAAGAUAUGCAGCAUAUGUAAAGCUAUGGACACCUGGAUGAGUGCUGACAGCCAUAAUGUUGUGGUCCUGCACAACAAGGGAAAUCGGGGGAGAACAGGGGUUGUUGUGGCUGCAUACAUGCAUUACAGCAACAUUUCAGCAAGUGCGGACCAGGCUCUGGACAGGUUUGCCAUGAAGAGGUUUUAUGAAGAUAAAGUGCUUCCUGUGGGCCAACCGUCCCAGAAAAGAUAUGUGCAGUAUUUCAGUGGGCUGCUUUCGGGCCACAUUAAGAUUAACAACAAGCCUCUCUUCCUGCAUCAUGUCAUCAUGCACGGCAUCCCCAACUUUGAGUCCAAAGGAGGUUGCCGCCCUUUCCUCAAGAUCUACCAGGCCAUGCAGCCAGUCUACACAUCUGGGAUCUAUAAUGUCCAAGGCGACAGUCAGACCACCAUUUGCAUCACCAUCGAGCCUGGACUGCUUCUGAAAGGAGACAUUCUGCUGAAGUGUUAUCACAAGCGCUUCCGCAGCCCUUCCAGAGACGUCAUCUUCAGGGUGCAGUUUCACACCUGUGCUGUUCAUGACCUAAGCCUCGUCUUUGGCAAGGAUGAGCUGGACGAGACAUUUAAAGAUGACCGAUUUCCUGAAUAUGGGAAAGUGGAGUUUGUCUUCUCAUUUGGCCCGGAGAAAAUCCAUGGAAUGGGCCAUCUAGAGAAUGGGCCCUGUGUCUCUGUGGACUACAAUACCCAAGAUCCUCUGAUCCGCUGGGAUUCUUAUGAAAACUUCAACCAGCGCUGUGAAGACUCCAUGGAUGACGUCAUUCACACACAGGGUCCACUGGACGGCAGCCUGUACGCAAAAGUCCGAAAGAAGGAGUCUCUGGACGCUACAGCCAACGGCCUCCCAGCUGCGGUUGAGCACGCCCUGCCCCCUGUUGACCACGCCUUGUCUGUGAGCAGUGACUCGGGCAAUUCAACCGCCUCCAUCAAAACUGACCGCACGGAUGAAGCCAACCAACAGCCGGCACCAGUAAGCCAGCCGCCGGCCCCCCAGCCCCUCAGCCCUGAGGAGAAGCAGGAGCUAGACCAGCUGCUUAGUGGCUUGGAGGCUCCCAUGCACCGGCCGGGAUACGCAAGUGGCCCUGGGGGAGGCGGGGGAGGCGGAGGAGGGGGAGGAGGUGGAGUUCUUCACCUGGUCCCGGCUCAGGUCCAUGUGAAUGGACAUAGCAACAUGGACAGGGAGACUGACAUCUUGGAUGAUGAGCUGCCCAACAGCCAAGAGGGCAAUAGUGUGGACAGUCUGGGGACACUGUCCUCUUCGUUCGAAGGCCGGGCCACACCUGCUGAUCUCUACUACCAACCUGAGACUGUCAUAAAUGGUCAGGACGCACCCUAUCUGGAGAAGGGCAUACAAGAGAAAACCCCAGAACCUGUGACAUUCCUCCCUGGCUCCACUCAGGAUCAAGUGGGUGACUCUGGACCCCUGUCCAGCAGCUAUGCUAGCCAGAAUGGUAGCAUUUACCGCUCGCAGUCAUUCGGUGCCACACCCAGCAAAGACUUUGAGCUGAAGUCUAUGCCCAAAGCCCCUGCCCGCACCACCAGUAGCAGGGAUGCUGUCCAGAGGGGGCUCAAUGUAUGGCAGCAGUAUGGUGUCCCAGAGGAGCCAGUGACAGACGGCAUUCAUUUCGGCCCAGCACUGCAGACCCACAGCCUGCCCGAGUUUCCCCAAGCCGCUUCACAGCGAGAAAUCGAGCAGUCCAUCGAGACUCUGAACCUGCUGAUGAUGGACCUGGACCCGGCCCUUAGUAAUAACACCCAGGUGCCAAAGUCUUACAGUGCUCCAUCCGGCGAUGGGGUGGUGGUCACUACCCAGCCAUCCUUCGCUCAGACGCAGGCUCGGCCCUCCUAUCAGGCUGAUGUGGCCAUACAUGCCCAUUCGGGAACCUUUCCAGCAGGAUUCAACCAGGUGCAGCAAAGGAACGUUCCAUUUCAGCAAACUCCAUCUCCGGUGCAGCCCCAGUUCACAGAAGCACCACAGCAGGUGGUCAGCCUUCAGAGAUCUGAUGCAUACCCCCUUUCAGCUGCUGAACAGGAUGGUCCUAUUCCACUCCAAUCCUCUGGGCCCUCCCCUAUGGUUGGCGGUCUGCAGCUGAAGCCCCUCAAUACAUAUCCUGCUAGCACAGUCUCUCAGUCCCCUGAUCCACUGGAGUCAGACUCACAUACUGUCCCGCACCGGAGCUAUUCCUCUUCAUCCUCCCCACUGCCCAGAGAGACCGAACCUGAGGACAGCAACUACAACCUGGAGGGGCUGGUAGCCCACCGUGUGGCAGAGUACACUGCCCGCAUCCGCCAACUCACUGACCCAUCUGACCGAACUCCUCAACCUGACCACCGCCGCCGCUCUCUCUCCUUCUCUGGUGUCCAAUCUCGAGAGAUGGCCCUGGAUGAAGACUCAGCGCCAGGACGACGCCGGACUACAAGUGAAGGACAGUCCCAUGAGAAAGAUGAGAGCCCCACCCAUGUCCGUUCUCCCAUUCGCUGUAUUUCACCAGAAUUGGCCAAUACAAUUGCUCUGAACCCAGGGGGCCGGCCUAAGGAGGGACAUAUGCACAGUUACAGGGAGGCCUUUGAGGAGAUGGAGGGGGGUCCCAUAAGCCCCCCACCAGUUAUGGGCGGUGAGGUCUUCCCCCAAACCCCUGCCUUCCCCGUCUCGCCACAAACCCCUUACUUCAACCUGUGCCGCUCUCCUCCAGGUUUGGCUAAAACACCCCUGUCCUUCCUGGGCCUGAAGCCACACAACCCAGCGGAGAUCCUUCUGAACCAGACAGGCUCAGAGCCUCGGAGCUACGUAGAGUCUGUUGCCCGGUCAGCAGCAGUGGCUGGAGGGCAGCCAUCCUCACCCGUGUCUCCUGUGUUUGACAGCAGCAGCUUGGCCAGAGGAGCCGCCCCCUCUCACUCCUUCAACACCCCACUGUCUUCCAGCAGCCCUGUGCAAAGCCCAGAACUAGAGCAUCCAGUGGCUGAUAGUGGAGUGGGCCUGAGCACCCCAUCCUAUGGAGCAGUGGACUCUGGGUUCCGUCCUCCACCCUCACAGACCACAUCCCACACCACAAUGCCCUCUUACUACACCGCCCCUGGCAGCCUGACAGGCAGCUAUAUCAGUCCUGAUCUCAGCCCCUCCUCUCCAGAGCCUGUUCAAGUUAAUGCCAUAGGUGCCAAACCUGCCCUGAGCAGUCCCGGCACACAGCACCAAACCUUAUCCACCAACACCUUAUCCAGCCCCAUCCUCCAGAACAGACUAGCCAAUCAGGACAGUCCAAUCCUGGACCGGCAGCCAUCUCUGCCCAAUAGCCUGGACCGACAACCAUCACCGCCCAACGGCUAUCAGCCUGGAGUGUCCAGCAGUCCCCUAAUGGGUAGACAUGGUAUGGUUUCCCAGGCAACGCAAAGCAGCCCGAUGCUGAGCAGACAGAUGCCCAUUAGCCAGGGGACGCAGAGCAGCCCCACUUUAGGCAGGCAAGCCCACCAAAACAGCCCACCAAUGGGGUAUCAGCCGUCCCUCGUCCAGUCCAUUGUCCAGCCCAACCAAAGCAGCCCUGUGCUGAGCAGACAACCGUCUUCAUCCCAGCCCGCACAGAGCAGCCCCGUCCUGAGCAGACAGACCUCUCUCACUCACCCCGGCCAGGGCAGCCCUGUCCUGGGCCGUCAUCCCUCUAUGUCCCAGGUGAGUCAUGGCAGCCCCAGCCUAGACCGGCACCCCAUGUACAGUGGCUACACCACCCCAGAUGAGCGGCACGGGGCACUGUCCCGCCAAAGCAGCAGCUCAGGGUAUCACCCUCCCUCCACACCAUCCUUCCCUGUGUCGCCUGCCGGAUAUCCUGACAGCCUGGGCUUCAGACAGGGCAGUCCAGGCCUGCAGCCGCAGCUGCCCGAGAAAAGGCGUAUGUCCAGUGGGGAGCGGCCCAACGGCAGCCUGUCUUACGGCACUCUCAAUGGGAAAGUGUCCUCACCCAUGUCCAGCGGAGGGAGUACUCCGAGUGUCCAUUUCUUCCAUACACUUCCUGAUUUCUCCAAACUUAACAUGUAUGAUGGAAGCCCAGAGACCAGAAUGAAUGUAAAGUUUGUCCAAGACACUUCCAAGUUCUGGUAUAAACCAGACAUCUCCAGAGAGCAAGCUAUCAACAUUCUGAAGGAGAGAGAGCCAGGAGCCUUCAUCAUUCGGGACAGUCACUCAUUCAGGGGCGCCUAUGGCCUGGCUAUGAAGGUGGCCUCCCCGCCGCCCACAGUGCAGCAGAAUACCAAGAAAGGUGACAUCACCAACGAGCUGGUUCGCCACUUCCUGAUUGAGACAAGUCCGAAGGGGGUCAAGCUGAAGGGCUGUCCCAAUGAGCCCUACUUCGGUUGCCUUUCUGCAUUAGUGUACCAGCACUCCAUUACUCCACUGGCUCUGCCUUGCAAACUGGUCAUACCCACAAAAGAUCCCCAUGAAGAGAUCCCAGAGGUUGCCACGCCAGUCAACCCAGCCACAGAACUGCUCAAACAGGGUGCAGGCCAGAAGAGCCCUGUUGAUUCUCAUGCAUGUAACGUGCUGUACAUAAACUCAGUGGAUAUGGAGUCUCUGACCGGCCCACAGGCCAUUGCCAAGGCGAUCUCAGAAACCAUGGCAGCCAGUCCUACACCCACUGCCACUAUUGUUCACUUUAAGGUGUCAUCACAGGGCAUCACCUUAACAGACAACCAGAGGAAGCUUUUCUUCCGACGUCACUACCCUAUCAACACUGUCACGUUCUGUGAUAUUGACCCGCAGGAGAGAAAGUGGAAUAAACCAGAAGGUGGCACUGCAAAGUUCUUUGGUUUUGUGGCUAGAAAACAGGGAAGUACAACAGAUAAUGUCAGUCACCUGUUCGCUGAGAUGGACCCUGACCAACCCGCCACUGCCAUCGUCAACUUCGUCUCCAAAGUGAUGAUUGGCUCCCAGAAGCGAUGAGCUACUCCAGGAAACUGCGCUUUUUUCCCCCUUGGAGGACUGCUUUCCCUUCUUUUCUGUUCUGAUGCAUUCUUUAUUCUUUCGUUUGUGUGUGUUAAUAUUCGGCCUAGUGUUGGAGCACUCGCACGCUUGCGUGUGCGUGUUGGGAGGCGUGUUCAGAUGGUCUAGAGAGUGGAGUUCAGGUGGGGACAGAGGAAGUGCAGUGAAGAGGAGGAGUGGUGUGGUGAGGAAGAGGAGAGAGGUGAUCUUCAUCUCUGUGCAGGGUUAACUUCAGAUAUGAGGGACUGGCGUCAGUGAGUGUGUUGUUUUUUUGUUUUUUUUUUUAUAAAAUAAAAAGGAAAA